UCAUUUCGUUCUUAGUUUCUUCAAAUUCAUCAUUUUUUCAAAUGAAUCUAUCUAGUCAAUUAACGCAUUCCAUUUUCAUCAUUAGAAAUCAUAACUUGUAGAACUCAAUUCAAGUUUUUGCUUAUAUUGUUCUUUUCAAAUUGAUUUGGGAUUAGGUUUCUUUGAAGGUUCCUUCAUUUUGUGCUGUGUACUUGCUCAAUUUUGACUAGAAAUCGUUAUGGCCUAUGAUAUUGAUGAGAUCAAGAAGAUUGGCAUAGGGCUAAUUGGUUUUGGCAUCUUCUUCACGUUUCUUGGCAUAGUUCUUUUCUUUGACCGUGGUUUGCUUGCUCUAGGAAACAUAUUUUGGUUGGCAGGGGUAGCAAUUUUACUUGGUUGGCGUUCCAUGUGGUCGCUCUUCACUAAUAGAGCAAACUAUAAGGGUUCUGCAUCAUUUCUUCUAGGCCUCUUUCUCAUUUUUGUGAGGUGGCCAAUACUUGGUAUAAUAAUUGAAAUAUACGGUUGUGUUUUUCUCUUCAGUGGGUUUUGGUCGUCUGUCAAAGUGUUUCUCUAUCAUAUCCCAGUUGUUGGAUGGAUUAUACGGUUUAUUGCACCUCCUUGAUUAUUACAGCAAGAGAUUUGACUUUCGCUUCCAAGUCUAUCGCCAAAAAGAAGGUUUGGUUACCUUGGUAUUAGUAACUUUUCUGAAAUUUGUUGUCAAAUGUAUAUGAUGAUGCUUCAAAGCUCAUAACUUGCUUAAGUUUUCAAUGUAAACAAGAACAAAGAACUAGAAUAGAAGCCGAUUAUGUUGUUCAGUUGUCUA